AUGUCCUACUACUCCAAAAUGGAAAUCAGCAACGGCACCGUGCGCCUGUGGAGCAAGAUUCAGAAGACAAAGUACUGGCAAGACGCUCAAAGGUCGAAGCCAACUUACCGCACGUUCAACGGCACCGAGCCUCCUUUCACAGCAGCAGAGACCAUCGACACGCUGACUCACCCGUUCAAGACCAACGACAACCUGAAUGUUGCGAUUCUGCAGCUGACCACGACAGGUCGCAUGUUUGGGGUCUCCGACAUGAAGGGUUUUAAUGAGGCGCACGAGAACCUGGAUUAUGUUAGUGGCCUGAAGCUCACAGAGAAGAACAAGCCAGCAAUCUCCAAGCUACCCAUCCUUGGCAUAGACGUCGUGACCUGCGCUCACAUAGGCAACACUCUCGGCGACAAGUACGUCUACGGCUACAACUACCUGCUCAUCGACGGACCUGAGAACGACUUGGCAGUUUGGCGGGUGGACAUGACGCAGCCUGAUGGGGGUGUCGGUACCAGCUUGGAGCGCGAGUGGAUGGGCACUGUGAAGGUUCCAGGGGCCACCCACAUCAGCUACAUGCACACGUUCGCGAACAUGAAGAACUACUUGGUGUUUGUUGGCUCCGCGUUUCAGUACAACAUCGAAGGGAUCCUCCGAUACACCAACAUCAUGAAGGCAAUGGAAUGGCACCCGGAAAAGAAGAACAUGUUAUGGGUCUACGAGAAAGCUUCCGGAAAGUUCAUCAAGACUUUCACAUCGGAUGCGUUCUGGUUCUACCACCUGGUGAACUGCUACGAGGACGGCAGCAAGGUGGUCUUGGACAUCAACACCGUCGACUACCGGCACAUUGAAACGGCCUUCGCCAACGAGAAGCUGCGCUAUGACUACCCAUGGGAGUUCGAGGAGAAGCCAACGAUCCACGCCUUGUGGUGGACACUGCGGCAGAGGAAGGCACGCACUUCCCUUAUGAGAUCUUGGGACCCAGUAUGGAUCUCAGCACCAUCCAUCCCUAUCUCCAUGGCCAGGACUACCAGUUCACCUGGGGUCUCAGCUGGAGUGGGAAGCACCUGUGGUGGGACAACAUCGUCAAGUUCCUCUGGUGGUGCUUAA